CUCUCUCUCCUCUCUCGCUCUCUCAUGUUCACGGAGCUCCAGUGGGAACUUGUACGCAAUUGACUGUCGUAACCCGCGGAGGACACAGCGGGAUUUUUUUUUUUUCUGCCGUGAUCGCCUCCGUAGCGGACUGACAGCCAAGGUUUCCGGAGCCCUCCGCUGCUGGACAUCACCGGAAGUGUCCGGCUUCUUCAGCAUUGCGCGUCGCAGAUCCGGAGCGACGAAACGUGCUUAUCUUCAUCGAGUGUCGAAGGCCGGAACACUGGGGAGUUGAACAAGUCCACUUCGGGUUGUGCUGUGACGAGAAGGUGGUAAAUAAGUGACAAGAGACCUCCCCACCAGCGAUCGACCAUGAGCAGCGAGAAGUCCAACGAGUCCCUACGCAAGGAGGAGCCCUCGCCGACAGAGGGUGAGGAAGAGGACGACGAAGGCACCGCCUCUUUACCCGACGACCAGGAUUGUACCGUUGAACUGCCCAGUCCCCCUGAUGGCGGCUACGGAUGGGUCAUCGUGUUCGCCUCCUUCAUCUGCUUCGUCAUCGUCGAUGGCAUCAUCUUCUCGUUCGGCAUCUUCCUGCGCGAAUUCGCCUCUACCUUCAACGAGUCCAAGGGGUCCACGGCCUGGGUGGCCUCCAUACAGACUGGUUGCUACCUGCUUGCUGGUCCCGUGGCUGCGGGCUUGGCAAAUGCCUUCGGCUGUCGCCCCGUGACCAUCGGAGGAAGCUUACUUGCGGCCGCUGGCUUCUGCGGGGCAGUCUUCGCGCAAAGCAUCUUGCAACUAUACAUCACCAUCGGUCUCUUUAGCGGCAUUGGCUUCGGCUUCAUUUUCCUGCCUGCUGCCGUAAACAUCAGCUUCUACUUCGAGAAGAAAAGAGCCUUCGCCACGGGCAUUGCCGUCUGCGGUUCCGGGAUCGGAGGCUUCCUAAUGGCGCCCUGUUGUCAGCUGCUGGUUUCCGAAUUCGGCUGGAGAGGCUCCAUGCUCAUCCUGGCAGGCAUGACGCUUAAUUGCUGCGUUGUGGGCGCCCUGUUCCGGCCGAUAGAGGAGCCACAGCCAAGGCCGGAGCCCGUGCCACUAAAGCCACUGCUGCUGCGCAUAAAGGAGGCGCGCGACGCCAUGACCAAGUGGGACUCGGUAGAGGACGGCAUCGACGACACGCUCAUCACCAACGAUGGCCCACGCCGCAAGCACAGCUGCCCUCCGCCCCGCAUCGUACACGACGUUAUCCUCAACAGCGAAGAACGCAGCGCUUCCAGCUCCACCAGCGGCAGCAACAACAGCCCGCCUCCGCCCUACUCCGAAGCUGUCAAGGCCGAGCAGCAGUUCAACUGCUGCCACAACAACAACCAGCUCCGCGUCGACCACAAACCGGCGUACCAGGCUCCUCCCGUUCUCCGAAAGCUGUCCUUCACCAAGAGCAAUAACAGCAGGCAACGUCGAAUGACGGCGCCCGAAAUGAGGCCCUUCUACCGCCAGGACAUUCUAUUCAGCGCCAGUCUUCUGCGCAUACCGGAGUACCGCUCGCAGAGGGACAUCGGCUCUUACCACCAGAGCAUCGCCAACUUGCCCAAGCAGAAACCACACAAGAAGUUGGGAUGCUUGUCCCCGGAGAUGACCGAUACCCUGACACAGAUGCUCGACAUCUCGCUCCUGACGAGCCCGACGUUCGUGACUCUGGCCGUGUCCGGGUUCCUGACCUUGGCGGGCUUCUUCAUUCCCUUCAUGUACAUCGUGGACAAGGCAAUUCUGUCGGGCAUCUCACCGGAUAAGGCCGCUUUUAUCUUGUCGGCCAUCGGCAUCACUAACACGGUGGGCCGCGUGUUCUCCGGCUGGGUAUCCGAUCGACCAAAGGUUAACGCCCUCUGCAUCAAUAAUGUGGCGCUCACCGUGGGUGGCGUCGCCACAGCGCUGUGUCCCUUCUUCGAGACCUACACGAUGCUCCUCGUCUACAGUGCCGUCUUCGGUUUCUCUAUAGCUUGCUUUGCCGCCCUUCGUUCUAUAAUUGCUGUCGAGAUGUUCGGCGUCGAAAAACUCACGAAUGCAUUUGGGCUACUACUACUAUUCCAAGGCGUGGCUUCUGUCAUCGGUUCACCAGUCGCCGGUAUCUUUUACGACCUGACGGGGACGUACGACGCCUCGUUUUACGUCGCCGGUGCGGUCAUCACGCUCUCCGGCCUAAUGUGCCUUCCGCUUCCCUGGAUUUCGCGCUGGGAGAAACGGCGGAAAGAGGCCACCGCCCCUCAACUGCCAACCAUCAUAACGACGACCGUCGACGGAGACGACGACGAAGGCGAAGCGGUCACACUCAACCCUCGGGGCGUCUGCGUCAGCGAAGACUGCGAAGCCGGGCUAGCGGCCACCUAGGAUCGAGACCCUCCCCUGGUUCCGCUGCGGUUUCGGACAGAGACCGAUAGGAAACAAAAGGACAACCAAAGACAAACUCGUCUCCGCGCGUACACGGUCGGUAAGGUCGGCCCUGCGCCGCUCGUUCCUUCGACCAAUCUACUGCUGUGGUGGGUGACACGUCCGGACGCCGUUGUGCCUUCGGAACCACUGGGCGGAUUGUGUCGCGCGCUGCCACCAUAUGUUCGCGGGUGUUCCCGGAAGAGCUCCGUCGGACGCCUGCGGGACAAACGGAAGGUGACUUCGUCCAACGCCCCCAGUCAGUGUCUGGCGACGAGAACAUUCCGCUAGCGUUCUCCAAAAGCUUCGAGUGAGGAGGCCUCAUUGUCUGUCCAGCUGGGGUGCACUUUCAUGACGUUCUACUCCGCGGUGCUUCGACCAAUGAUGUUCGCGCGUUCGUUGAGUGACGUAGUCUCCAUUCCAGGAUUACUGCCGGGAGGUUCCAUUACCAACGUAAAAGUGUCCGAGAAGCAAAAUGCGUGCCCAAUCGUCAUGGUGCGGCGCUGAAUUUCUUCCAAUUGCUACGCAGUUCCCGUGAGUGAGACCUUCAGCAGACUGCAGGUACCCGUGGGGUCUGUACAUUCCUUCCAAGUCACAGUCGUUCAGCCUCGUAAGUGGCAAGAAGAAAUAAAAGCUUGUUGCUGCACCGGCCACGAAAGCGUUACGGGAUUGCGCGUUCGCGGAGUUAGAUUGUGUCAAUAACAAGCCGAGACGGAGCCGAAUGGCAACGACAUCGCUUGCCGCAACAGCGCCGGACGGCGUGCUUCCUGCUUACCCUGAUACUGUGACUGAUGCACAACCUUCGAAUUCAUUCUAGUGCCAACUGUGUAGACGGUGGAGAAGGCAGUGCCUGUCACGGCGAGUCAUUUCCAGGACGCUUUAGUUUCUACGUACGUAUGGUGAUGGAUGAAUGAGGGGUCCUCGGACGCAUGCCAUUUCUCGAGCACGCUUGUAAGGACAAAUGUUAGAGCAUACUCUUAUGCCAUCGGUACUUCAUUGUAAUCAGUCCCGUCAUUUUCCCUUCAUUCUAGCGACAAGUGUGCCAUGACAGCUUGUAAACUACAGCCGGGUGAGUUAUACCACACUGCCAGUCUGGUAGUGUGGUUGUGGCAAAUCAGUUUUUUCGGAAGCCUGCAAGGUCGAAGAAGCUUCAUCAAAAUAAACAAAAAUUGUUUUGCA